UGCAGUUUUGAAGAGAAAACAACAGGACGGAGCAACUAUGCGAGGAAUAAAUAUCAGAAUUUCAACAAACAAGACCACUGGUUGUCAUAAACCAAGUCGUUUGAAAGAAUCUGAACAUCUUUAGUUUAGGCUGCAGCCAUCUCAUCUAAUCCCUUCAUCAUCAAUUCUAAUAGGACUGCUGGAUUCCAUUGAACUGGCUGAUGACCUAUCUAUGACCCUUAAACUGGCUAUUGAACUAUGUCUGCAUAGACACUGGACUGCUGUAAAACUGGCUAUCUGGACAACGUAAAGCAAAGACUCUGGAUACUCUGCAAGUUUAAAUCCCGGACCUGUCGUUACAGUAUUGUGUGCCCGCUAUACAUUGGUUGAUUUAUUCUUGAUCUGACAUCAUCAUCAGUAUGAAUUCUCAUCCUGGUAAUAAUCUUGUGUUUGAUGAUGAUACACAAUGGGCAUCGUCCAUGGCUCAACUCAAUGCCAUGCGCAAGAAUAAACAGUUCUGUGACGUAUUGCUAAGCUGUGACAAACAGGAAAUCCCUGCUCACCGAGCAAUCUUGGCUUGUUGUAGCAGCUACUUGUUUGAGCUGUUUAACUCUGAAGGUGAUGUGGGAAAUACACCAAUAUUGAAUGUCAGUGUUAGCGACAAUCUCACUCCCACUGCUGUUGAAACCCUGGUGAAUUACGCCUACACUUCAAGGCUUGACAUCUCUCCUGACCAGGUUUUUGAUGUAUACGCUGCUGCCAGACUUUUCCGUAUGAAUAGAAUCAAGAAAGUUUGUACAGAUUACUUGGUGGACCAUCUGAAUAACUAUAGUUGCAUCGGACUAUACACUUUUGCUGCUCGCUUGAAAGACACCAAAUUGUUGCGGGAGACGGAACUGUACAUACAGAAGAACAUCAUCGAUGUAGCAUUGAAUCAACAGUUCUUACUGUUGCCACGAUUACAGGUGGAGAUUGUCUGCACUGAUGAUUUUGAGAUGAAUGAUAAGCAAAUGUUUGAUAAGGUUCUUGAUUGGGCCAAAGAUUGUGUCAUCAGUGGCUGCAAACUGCGGGACUUGACCGAAGAGACUCACGCUUUGUUUUUGAGUUCUGAUAACACCUUGGUCGAUAUCCAUGACUUGGAUUAUGAUUCUGAUUCUGAGAUAAUACAAGAAUAUAGGCAGCAGAACAACAAACGUCAGACAACUCCUCAUAAGAGAAAGAACACUAAUUCCAGCAACAGCAACAAUAAUGGCUCUGCAAGACAGUUGAUUAUGACUAGUGGAGAAAGAAACAAGAAAAGUCAGUGUGAAGACUGGAGAGUCAUUGCUGCGUCUCAGACUUCUGAUAACAAGACCACUUACAUUGCUCUGGCCACUGUGAAUAACAAACUGGUUGCGAUAUCUUUACAUCAGAAAUUACCUGAUUCUGCAUCAAAGAGUCCUCGUUUGCUCAGAUCACUGUCCAUUGAAAGCCAAGGUUCCUGGACCAUGCUUGAACCUAUGAAGUUUGCCCGUUGUGCUCUAGGAGCAGCUGAAUUGGAUGGCAAGUUAGUUGCAGCAGGUGCCGCUGUGUUGAAUGACAAACUGUAUCUUGCUGGUGGGUCUCGUGGUCCUAUUGGAUUAAAAAGUUGUGAAGUUUACACUCCCGAGACUGAUUCUUGGUCAACUAUCUCUGACUUAAAUGUUGGUCGUUCUCAAGUUGGUUUGUGCUCUUUGAAUGACAAGGUAUACGCUGUGGGUGGUGCAGAGUCUUGGAAUGUCUUAAACUCGGUUGAAGUGUACGAUCCUACUGAAAAUGAAUGGUCUUUGAUUGUUCCCAUGAAUCACUGCAGACGAGGUGCUGGUGUUACGAAAUGUAAAGGUAAACUGUAUGCUGUUGGUGGAAGUGAUGGCACAUCCUCUCUUGCCUCUGUGGAAUGCUAUGACCCAAAGGUUGAUAGGUGGAACCAGAUUGCCAGCAUGUCUACUCCUAGAGCUAAUGUCGGUAUAGCUGUAGUAGACGGUCAUAUUUAUGCCGUUGGCGGAUUUGAUGGCAAGAAUUUUCUUAAUACCAUUGAGUUUUACGAUCCAGAAAACAAUAAAUGGCAGCAGUUUGUUCCCAGGAAUGGCGUCAAUUCCAGACCAGAUAGCCCUAUCUAGAAAUAGUAUUCAUCAUUGAUAGUAAUUUGUUAAAAUGAUGAAUGUUUUGUUAAUUUUCACUGGUACUGGAACCAUAUCUGUUUUAUUAGAAACACAUCCAUGUAUGGAAAUGCCAGGUCAAGCUAAAUAACAUAACAAGAGAUUGCUUUCUGACAUUCAAAAAGAAAUGUAGAUGCGCUUGUAAUAAAUCAAAUAUGGUGAAUUGUUUUGACCUUUUAUCAUACUGGUUUUAUUCAGUUUUAUUCCUGGUGCAUUCAAGCAAAUAUUUUUCUGUAUUUGUCAGCAAAUGUAUGUGUGCGUGUGGUCAAGUCCCAGCAAUUAGUGUGAGCAUGACUUAUUGUUCACUUUCAGGUUGUCAUGGUGAUUUCGCAGUUGACUCAUUACGCUCACACAAUUAUUAGUUGUUUAGCUUGAAAAUAAUGGGGAGAAAAAAAAAUGAUCAUACAUGCAAGCGUUAAUGUCAGGUAUGAAAAUAAAAUUUUGUUUGAUACGCAAUGGGGUUGUAAACAGUUUACGAUCAUAGUGUACAGUGGUAAUCGGCUAAAAUAUUUGCUUCUCAGGAAUUUUUUUUUUUGCUUUGUCUAAUAUUUGUCAUUAUAGUUUUAUUGUGUGGAUCAUUUUGUUAGUUGUACAUAUACUGUACAGUGUAUUCUAUUGUCUGCCUUGUUUAACAUUACAGACACAAUAUAAAGUGAGGUGGGGUGUUCACAACUAUUUUUAUCUGAUACAUUUUGCACAUUUUCGUAAUUAUUUUAAUCUAAUUAUAGUCAAUUGAAAUUUGUUUUAUUUGAAAAAAAAAAAAAACUGAAUGUUUAAAUAUUUGUUGAUAUUCUACAAUUUAGUGAUUUGAAGUUGUAGCAGGUAAAAAGACAAGUGCAUUCUCAUAAAAGUUAAUCUGCUUGACUUUAGCAUGUCUGGCUAUUAAAAGAAUUAUUGGCUGCCCUGAAUAUCGUAUUUACAGCCAUGUACGUUGUUUUGGGUUGAUUGUCUCGGAAACUGCAUGAUUCAAUUUGAGAAAGAGAUGGAGUCUCUGACAACUUGUGAGAAAUCUAUAAUUAAUGUCGGCACCAAAUAAAGUAAUAUUUUCAGUGUCCACAUUGGGUUCCUUAUAUCCACUCAUUUGCUUCAGAGGUUUUGGAGGGUCUUUUUUGUCAUCUUGCGUACUGUGGUUUUGGCUCUCUUGUACAUAUUAUUUGUGUCAACAGCUUUCUAAUUGUAUAUUUUUCUAUGAAAAAAAGAAACAAUUAUCUAUUCAGGCUUUCCUCGAUCUAAAUCUGAACCAAUUUGAUUGUCUUGAUUUGGGAGGUGGGGUAAACAUAUUUCAAGAAACUUUUGGAAAUUAAUUUACAUACAUUUGUAAAGUCAGAAUUCUAUAUUGAUGUGUUAUAUAUCGAUGGUUGCUGUUUUGAAGCACUUGAUUCAGUGGAAAAUUUUAUAAAACUUGGAUUGGCUUAUGUGACGUUCCUGAAGUGCGCCCUCGCUAGUUCAUUUAGGAAUGUUUUAGAUUGAUAGAGGGUGCUUAGUCCAAGCUUGAAAAAUAAAAUGUUAACUCUCAUCACCUUCCCACUGAUACUAAUUUAUAAACAAAAUUUGUGAUCUUGCAAUUCUUGAAAAUUUUGAAAUAGUCAUAUAUUUAACUCCUUUGAUUAUGAACAAAUGGUGAAUGUUAAUUAGACAAAGAUAAUUUUGAACAUCUAUUCAAACAAAAAUAUAAUUUUCUAUGCGGGGAAACACUACUUGAAAUAAUAAAGCAUCCAUUUACUAUUUGCAUGAACUGAACAAAUAAAUUUGAAUAUUGCUUCAGGUUUACAUUUCUGCAAGUUUGAAUUGGUUCACGCUUUGCAUCUUAUUAGGUAACUGGCUACAAGUAAAUACUAAUUAAUUUUCUGAUUAGGUUGGUAACUCUCGCAUAUUGCAUCCAGGAUGCCCCAGUUAGCACAACACCUUCCAUAGAUUGGAGGGGUGAGGUUUUCUGUUAUGUAUACUCCACUUGUUGAUUUACGCUGCACUUUGAACACUACCUGAUGGAUGGCUUGCUUUCUACAUGGUAGAUAGAUUAAAUUCCACUAACAAUUUGAUGGUCAUGUAUGCAGACAUUAAGUGGGUCUUUAUUUUGUUUAUCUUUAUUCUUGUGCUUUAUCAUAAGUCGUACUUCAUUGAACUUUUAAUAGACAUCCAGUAUUUUGUAGUUUACAAAAAUAAAGUACAAUUUAUAUCAUGAUUUUACAUUUCAAUAAUAUAUAUCUGCUAGUUUACAUAAAUUUAGAUGGUGCUAUUGUCAGUGUCACAAAUGUCCAGUUUUUCAAAAUGUGUUAUUUAGAUUUCUCCUUUGUUUUUGUAUGUUACCAUGGAAUUAUUCAAAAUAGUAAUCAUCUUUGCAGCAAAACCUGUGUGAAAACACUGAAGAGGCCUUGUUUCACAAGAUCAAGUUUUGGAACCCUGUCACAUCAAACCCAGUAUUUUAAACACACAACAAAACUUGAUUCACCAUUGUGUCUAAUACAAAGCAAGAAUUUCUGAAGUUGCAUGUAGACAAAAAGGAAUUACAAAUCUACAUCUUUUAGCGUGGGUGUUGCCUCGAAAUAAAUUGUUUCCAUGGUUAUUGUGAAUAAUUUUACUGAUAACUGGCUAUGUCAUUAAUUUCAUCUAAACAAAAAAUAGUAUUUUACAGUUUUAUAUUUGUUUGGAAUUUAAAAUAUUGAUCAACAGCAAUUUGGCACCAGCUGCAAGGUAACCUUGUAUACACAUCAUUGCACAAAAAUGAGAAUUUUUUUUGACUGGAUAAAUGUGCAACUAAUAAUCCAAGUCUUUCAACUAAAUUGCUUGCAUGUCAAAAACCUUGCAUAUUUUUCUCCCCAUAUGUUCAUUUCUCAGGAUGCUGUUUACUCUGAUACCAGGGAGUUUGAUAAGGAAGGAAGGAAGGAACAGAAUGGCAUUGAUUUCAGUUGCAUCAUCUGAUGAAAUAUUCAUGACCAUUGUGGUUGAAAACAUUUAUUCUUUUCUGAUCAGUAUUUAAUCAAUCACAUGCACAGACGUACAUUUUGUGGUUACAUUUUACUAAAUUCAUGGUAGAUGCUAUCUCUCUGAAACAUUUGGAUUAUUGUGUGACACUUUUUUUUUUUAAGUUAACCUAGUAGAUGUAUGGGUAUAAUUUUUUCACCUGAAUUGUAGGAGGAAAAAAAACACAAAUGUUUAUGAUUUCAGUCUGUGGUGUUGAUUGAAGUGUGCCUGUGUUUUUAUUGAGUUUUUAACAUUUUCAAUUAUAUUGAGAGCAGUGUUCAGUCUUGUUGUCAUAGCGAACUGCAAGUUGCGAGUAUCUGCUGCCAUUCAUUUUGGCACUCGAACUGUUCAAGUAUAAAUUAACAUGCAGUGAAUUAAUAAAAAAAAACAACUCUAAACCAUUGUUGAUUUUCAGUAAAUGGUGUUUGCUUUAAUAGUAUCUCUUGUUUUCAAUCAUUUGUUUGUGAAAAUUUUAUGUGCUUUAUCUACCUGAAUGCCAUUAAAGAUAUGGUCAAACUUUGGGGUGGAUUGUCAUGGCGGCAAAGGACUGAGCAUGCUCAUUGUUCACUUGGUAUUCACAUAAAUCAAGUUUAUUGUAAUAUUCUGGGUGAGAAGCAGUUGCUAUGGUAAUUAGUUAUCAGAACCGUUUACAAGAAUGGUUUAUUCGUGCAUUUCAAUUUACCAUUCACCAACUGAUAAUUACUCAAAUUCAAUCGAAUCAAAUAACAUUUCUCAACAUAGAACUCCUGGUAAAUUUGAGCCUGCUAAAAAGCAGGUCACGAGUUUAGUCUUAACAAAACAAUGUGUUGAAUAAUCCAUGUUUGUUUAUAAAUACUUAAUUUAACAGAUACAUACUGUAUUGUUUGUGACAUGUCUGAUAGAGGAAUAAAAUUGAAAAUUA